AUGGAAAAAACUGAAAUUCGGGCAGUGAUAAAAUAUCAAUAUUUGAAAGGCUUAAAACCUCAAGAAAUAAUAAAUGACUUCAAUAAAACUUUGGGUUCCUCUGCUCCAUUGAAAACAAUUGUUUACAAUUGGUAUAAUGAAUUCAACCGUGGUCGUUCAAGCAAAAGUGACGCAGAACGUUCAGGAAGGCCAGAAGAGGUCACAACUGAAGAAAUGAUCGAAAAAAUUCAUGAUAAUGUGAUAGAAAAUCGUAAAAUCAAAGUUUGUGAAAUUGCUAACCGUGUAAACAUUUUUUAUGAACGUGUUUUUAAUAUCUUACACAAACACUUGGAAAUGAAAAAGCUUGCUGCCAGAUGGAUGCCGCGCGUGUUGACUGUUGACCAAAAACGCAACCGAGUGAGGACUUCUCAACAGUGUUUGGACAUGUUUAAUUGCAAUCAAUCGGAAUUUUUGCGUCGUUUUAUUACGAUGGAUGAAACGUGGAUCCAUUACUACACACCCGAGUCGAGACAACAAUCAGCACAGUGGUUAAAACCUGAGGAAAGUCGACCAAAGCAACUGAUAACACAGCAAUCGGCUGGAAAGGUUAUGGCAAGUGCCACCUUAAUAAAUAGUAUACGGGAUGAGAUUCAGAAAAGCCGACCACAUAUGCGGAAGAAAAAAAUUUUGUACCAUCAUGACAAUGCGCCAUCUCACACGUCAUUAAAAGCAAUGGCAAAACUUGAUGAGUUAGGAUGGGAAAUACUUCCCCAGCCAGCUUAA